UAUUGUGCUUCUUACUUGCAUCUUAAAAAUAAUAAUAAUAAUUUAUUCUCAAAUAACAGUUUGUUACAUGAGGCAUGCCAGUUUACAGGCAAGAUCGAAUUGAUGCAAAUGAUACAAUACCCACUGUAGUAAAUUACUCAGCUGGGUUGAUAAUUUAAAAGAUAUGAAUGUUGAUGGUUUUAGUCAGUACUACCGUUGGCGCGAUUCAUGAAGGUCGCGUUGCGAAUGUGGAACUGAUGAUCAAGGAUAGGUCCAUUGAAGGUAUGAGCUUCUAGAAACCGCAACCUUAUGUCCCUUUGGGAUAUCCAGGGCUUUAAGGAUGGUGCAGGAUAAAGUCACCCGUUCCAUACCUCAAGGGGGCUGAAAGAGGGAGCAAGUAAAAGAAAGGACGAGAGGCAGAGUAGCCAAUAUUCUUGAAGGAAUGUUUAAGGCAAGAGCAUUUUAAUAGGUUAAAGAAAAUAAGUGUAAACAAGGUAUGGGUGGACAUACAACUGACAAACAGAGGGGAUUCAGAAAGGAGCUGAAAGUAUGAGAUUAUGUGUGGUCAUAAAAUAUAGUGCUAAAAACAGUUAUUGUGAUAUACAAUUGACUAUCUUCCUUUUUUUAUCGAAUCUGUUGGAGCCCUUUUCAUCUUUUUUUGUAUUAUUUUUUUAAAUUCAUUUUUUUGAUAUUUAGGUAUCAUAUGGUCUUGAGUAGGCUUCGUAUGUUAUCGAAUUAAAAUUACUAAAACAACAUCAAUACAUCUUUGAGUAUGCCUAUAAUACGCUCAAGCCUUCUGGAACACAUUCCUCUCGACUAUAUGGUCUACCUAAGAUUCACAAACCUGAUGUUCUCUUACGCCCGAUACUGGAUAUGGCAAAUACUCCAUACCAUUCAACAGCAAAAUGGUUAGUUAAGUUAUUAGAACCAUUGCAACAAGAACUUGUUAAGCAUAGUGUUAAAGAUGUCUUUGAAUUUGUCGAUACACUUAAAAAUAUGAAUAUAAAUGGCAAAACCAUGCUAUCACUAGACAUAACACCUUUAUUCACUAACAUCCCUCUAACUGAAACUAUCGAUUACAUAUGUGAACAACUGCUAGAAAAGAAAAUAGAGAUACCAAUCCCAGUCAUUAAAAUGAAAGAACUUCUGUUGAAAUGCACUAUGAAUAUCCACUUUAAGUUCAACAAUGAAUUCUUCAGACAAUUUGAUGGGGUAGCGAUGGGAUUGUAGUGGCAUUGGACCAUAACCACACAAUCUUCAAAGCUGAACACAAGACUACUCAGAAAAUAGAUAUUCAAUAGUUAACACGGAGAAAUACCUAACAAUGGAGAAGGCGCGAACAAGGAGUUGAAUGGACUGGAGUUGAUCGAGUGGCAUGGCUCGGCUAUGCAGGCC